AUGGGAGAUGCUGGGGAUGACGGCGACAGCGGUCGCCCUCCCUACUCCUCUUAUGCUGUUAGCAUCUACCAAAAUGGCAUUAUGGCUGGCCAACUGCCUAUCGUGACAACGGACCCAAAUGGCUUGCAGGAACAGGCCAGAAAGGCCAUGGGAAAAGAGGCCUUUGGUUAUGUCUUUGGAGGCGCAGGUGAGCUGUCCACGAUGGAUGCCAAUCGCCUGGCUUUCCGACAGUGGAAGAUCAUCCCUCGUUUCCUGAGACCAAACAACCCUCGGGAUCUGAAAACUGAGCUCUUUGGUGUGACCUAUGACUCCCCUGUCCUGAUGGGCCCCAUCGGCGUCCAAGGCAUCUUCCACGAGGACAAGGAGACAGGCCUGGCCUCCGCCUGUGCGGAACUCGGCGUGCCAUACACGCUGAGCACAGCAGCGACAUCAACCAUUGAGGAAGUCGCCGAGGCCUUAGGCGACAGCCAUCGCUGGUUUCAACUCUACUGGGGAAUGGACAACGAUAUUACUGCAUCAUUGUUAAGACGAGCCAAGGCCAGCGGGUAUAAGGCACUUGUUGUGACCCUCGACACUGUCACACUAGCAUGGAGGCCUGCUGAUUUAGACUCGGCAUAUCUUCCCUUCAUCACCGGCACUGGCAAUUCUGUCGGCUUCAGUGACCCCGUCUUCCGCAAGAAGUUCUCAGCCGAAAAUGACGGGGAUGAGGUCGAGGAUAAUGUGAUUAGUGCGUCACGUUAUUGGAUUAGCCAGGCUUUCCCGGGUGAACACCACAGCUGGGAGGAUCUGGCGCUGUUGAAGAAGCAUUGGGAGGGACCUAUCGUAUUGAAGGGUGUGCUGAGUGUAGAGGAUGCAAAGCUUGCUGUAGAACAUGGAAUGUCGGGUAUUGUCGUCAGCAACCAUGGUGGAAGACAGCUCGACGGCGCCGUGGCUUCGCUGGAGGUGCUCCCAGAGAUUGUGGAGGCUGUAGGUGACAAGCUUACGGUCAUGUUUGACUCGGGAAUCCGCACUGGAGCGGACAUCAUAAAGGCCCUUGCACUAGGAGCCAAGGCUGUGUUCAUUGGUAGACCCGCUAUCUAUGGCCUGGGAAUCGCAGGCAAGGAGGGCGCGAAAGCCGUCAUUGCUGGCUUGCUCGCUGACCUUGAUCUGAGCAUGGGAUUGUCCGGGUUGAAGAGCGUGUCGGAGCUAAAGCCUUCAAUCCUCCGGCAGGUCCGCUACGGCGGGGAUAUCAAGGCCAAUUUGUAA